CGUCCCUCGCCGCCUCGCGCCCCCGCGCCGGCGGGGGGACUCCUCCCGCGCGGACGCCACCCCCCCGCCCCCCCCACCGCCCCCGCGCGCGGCGUCGGCGCGUCGGCGCCUCGCCUCGGAAGGCUCCUCCGUGCCCGCGUCGAAUCGAGGUCAGAUCAUAAGGCCCAAAUGCCUCUCUUCAAUAGGAAACCUUUCUCCUUGCUGGAGCCCCCUAAGGACUUGGAUUCAAAGGAGAAGGUGUUCCAAAUUCGCUUCACAAAGGAGAUAUUCCGAGAUUAUCAAGAAUAUCUAAAGAGGCUAAACCUCUAUCGCCAAAGAGUUUGGACAUGUAAUUUGUCUGGGAAAUCUAAUUUAACUUUCGAAGAAGCUUUGGUGUCUGAGCAUAACGCGAUGGAGAAGGCUCAAAAUAUGCCAACUGAGCUGAUGGCUUAUGUUCUUCGGAUGACUCAGUACAGCACUCUUGGCUUACAUGAGCUUGUCAACAAGAUUUAUGCUAGUCUGCUGGAAGAAGUAUUUGAAGGAAUAGAGUUACAUGCUAAAAAGGAUGGUUCUGUGGUACCUUGCAAGAUUUUGAAGAUUCUAGAUUCUGAUGGCACAAAGAUGUGUGAAGUGGGUUGGCUUCGUCGAGACAAGACGUUGAUCAACACAUCAGUAGUCAAAGCUGCGGAUCUCUUCUACCGGAGAGCGCCUGUUAGCAGGAAUACACUGAAGCUUUUUAUUAGGGAUUCAACAACACAGACUAUCCCGUGGGUUAUACAUGAGAAUCUCGCCAAAAAAUAUGGGAUACCUACUGAUCCCCCUAACGAUAUGAUGCAUUAUGAAGGUUUGCACAAGAAAGGUAGAAAAAGAGAAGAGAAUGGAACUAUUGAAAAUGGGAGAAAAAAGAUGAAGAAAGAUGAAGGACAUGUGCCAAUUAAGUAUCCAAUCGACGAUCUGUUAGUAAGGCCCGAUGGAGAUGAUCCAGCUUUAUCUAAAAGACCUCCUCUGGCUACAGAUUUUAGAGUCCCAAGAUGUUCUGUGGGCGAUCUCCUUAUGGUAUGGGACUUCUGCUUGUCUUUUGGAAGGGUUCUGAAUCUGUCCCCAUUUCUGCUAACAGAUAUGGAGAAUGCAAUUUGCCACAAAGAAAGCAAUGUUCUUGUUGUGGAAAUACAUGCAUCCAUGUUUCACUUGCUCAUUAAGGACAAAGGUGACUAUUUCACUGUCCUGCAGAACCAGAAACGGAAGUUAAAGGUAAGUUUAGUAACAUGGGCUGAAUAUCUAUGUGACUUCUUGGAAAUGACAAAAAAUGAAGAACUAUUGAGUAACAUUGCAACAAUAAGAAGGGGUUAUUAUGGUCAUAUUGACACUGAUAUAAAGCUUAAGAUCCUCCAUGAGCUAGUGGAAGAGGCUAUUAAAACCUCUGCCAUAAGAGAGAUACUAAGUGAGCGGGUGGACCAGAAACAAGCCCUUAAUGCAACAAGAAGAGAGAGUAUUAGAAAGGGCAGAGAAGAACAAAACUUGAACACUGAAAUUGCUGUGAAAAAUGAAGAGAGCCAGACAGAUGCCGUGAAAGAUGGCAAUGAGACUAUUGAUGAGCUGGCUAGGGGAAAAGAAGAAAAGGAGAAGGGCAAUGUUUCUCGAAGCAAGACAGAAGGCAAACGACAUCUGGUACGCCAUGUUGAGAUGGAGUUUGAUAAACUAUCCAUCCGUUCUAGCCCUCUUGGUAAAGACAGACACUACAAUAGGUACUGGUUUUUCAGGCGUGAAGGAAGGCUUUUUGUUGAAAGUGCAGAUUCCAGAGAAUGGGGUUAUUACAGCUCCAAGGAAGAGCUUGAUGCACUCAUGGGUUCGUUGAAUGUGAAAGGUAUAAGGGAGAGAGCUCUGAAACGGCAGCUAGAGAAGUUCUAUAAUAAGAUAAGUAACGCCUUGGAGAAGCGAACAAAAGAUAUUGUAAACAAGAUGUUACUUGAAGAGGGCGUGCUGCGCCGCUCCACGCGAGUCCGAGCACAGCCGAAGGAUAACCCUUCCAUGGCAUUCCUCAAGUACGUCAACAAAUGGAAGGAUAACUGACCUGCUUCAAGUUGACAGUGUAUCUCAAAAUAAGAUGGCAGUCUUAACUCGGUCGGCUGGAAGAACUGAGCAACCCAGGUGAUAGGUUUGGCCGUACGCCGGUACCCGUACCGCCGUAGUAAGUUAUGUAGGCUUGCGAUUCCCCGUGGCUGGUCAAUCGCGUCCUCGCUAGCUCCGAUUUUUCCUUUCCUUUUCUGUUUUGAACAUUGAUUCGCAAAUGAAAACACUUCUUUUUCUCUCCUUGAGUGAGCAUCUAUUGAGCCAGAUUUCACA